AGUUCAUCUAUGUGAACUAGCUCACCCUAUGUGUAGUAAAAAUUUGUUUGUCUCAGUGAGACAGCCUGCUUUUAAAAGCAGGCUUAAAGGUGAAUGUUCGAUCUGAAUGAGUUUUCUUUUUGGCUCCACAGAAUGUAUUUAACCGACAACUCUGUCUAGAACAUGAUGAGAAGCUGGUAUCCUAUCUCUCUCUAUUACGUGACAUUGAAAUGAGGACCAAACAGAUUAAACCUCUGGACCUAAACCUGGCAGAGCUACAGGACUUGCUGUGUCAGGCCAAGGUAUUAGACAGGGAGCUAAAGGAUCUGUCCACCUUGGUGAAUCAGGAAUUAGAAUGUGUCAAUCAGAUUAUCAUCAGCCAGCCUCAAGAAGUCCCUGCUCAACUGUUGAAGGCUCUAGAGAAAGAUGCCAAGAAUCUUCAAAAGUCCCUCAGCUCUGUGAGUGAUACCUGGAGUUCCAGAUUCCUCCACCUCCAGAGUGCUGUGGAAGUAAAAAAGACUAGAGUGUUAAGUCAGCACGAACAGCUAGAAGGCAGUCUUCAAGAUCUGAGAGCCUGGGUUGGCAGUACCAAUCUUCUUCUGAACAGCGAGGAAUAUAGUGAGGAAACAAACACUGACAGCCUGAAACACUGCCUCCAGCAAUAUGAGGAUUUGAAGCAGCCCAUGGCUGAAAGGAAAUCUCAGCUGGAUGCUCUUGCUUUUGAUAUUCAGUUCUUUAUCUCGGAGCACGCGCAGGACCUAUCCCCUCAGCAGAACCGGCAGAUGCUGAGGCUUCUGAAUGAACUGCAGAGGUCCUUCCAGGACCUUGUGGAGCAGACCGCAGCUCAGAUGGAUGCCUUGCAGGGCCAUUUUCAACAAAUGGAGCAGGCAGCCCAGGUCAAGACCCUGCAGAAACAACAAAAUACCUGUCACCAGAAACUGGAGGAUCUUUGCAACUGGCUAGGACAGGCAGAAAGUGCAUUGGCAGGUCACCAAGGUAGAGCCACCCAGCAGGAUCUCUCUGCCUUGCAGAAGAACCAGAGUGACUUGAAGGAUUUACAGGACGACAUUCAGAAUCGGGCCACCUCAUUUGCCAGUGUUGUCAAAGAUAUCGAAGGGUUCCUGGAAGAGAACCAGGCCAAGCUGAGCCCCCAUGAGUUGACAGCUCUUCGGGAGAAGCUUCAUCAGGCUAAGGAGCAGUAUGAGGCUCUCCAGGAACGGACGCGGGUGGCCCAGAAGGAGCUGGAGGAAGUGGUGACCUCAGCUGUACAGCAAGAAACUGAAAAGUGUACACGAUUGGGCUCUCACCUGCACGUGCUCCUAGGCCAGUACCAGCAGUUCCAGAGCUGUACUGACAGCCUGCAGGCCUGGAUACAGGCCUGUGAGGCCAAUGUGGAGAAGCUCCUCUCAGAUACUAUUGCCUCGGACCCUGGAGUUCUGCAACAGCAGCUUGCAACGACAAAGAAGGCAAUUGCCCGAUCUCAGAGUGUCCAGGAAAGCCUGGAGAGCUUGUUGCAGUCCAUCAGGGAAGUUGAACAAAACCUGGAGGAGGAGCAGGUGGUAUCCUUGUCAUUGGGCGUCAUCCAGGAAGCCCUGGCCACGAACAUGAAAUUGAAGCAGGACAUUGCUCGGCAAAAGAGCAGCUUGGAGGCCACCCGUGAGAUGGUGACGCGAUUCAUGGAGGCCGCAGACAACACCACGGCUGCAGUGCUGCAGGGCAAACUGGCAGAGGUGAGCCAGCGCUUCCAACAGCUCUGUCUGCAGCAGCAAGAGAAGGAGAGCUCCCUGAAGAAGCUUCUGCCCCAGGCAGAGAUGUUUGAACAUCUCUCUGAUAAGCUGCAGCAAUUCAUGGAAAACAAAAGCCGGAUGCUAGCCUCUGGAAAUCAGCCAGAUCAAGAUAUUGCACAUUUCUUCCAGCAGAUCCAGGAGCUCAAUUCAGAAAUGGAAGAUCAACAGGAGAACCUUGAGACUCUCGAGAACCUGGUCACAGAACUGAGCUCCUGUGGCUUUGCCCUCGACCUAUCCCAGCACCAGGACAGGGUACAGAAUCUCAGAAAGGACUUCACAGAGCUACAGAAGACAGUUAAAGAAAGGGAGGAAGAUGCAUCAUCUUGUCAGGAGCAAUUGGAUGAAUUUCGGAAGCUGGUUAGGACCUUCCAAAAAUGGCUGAAGGAAACUGAAGGGAAUAUUCCACCUACAGAGACUUUUAUGAGUACUAAAGAGCUGGAAAAGCAGAUUGAACACCUGAAGGGUCUUCUAGAUGACUGGGCAAGUAAGGGAAGUUUGGUGGAAGAAAUCAACUGCAAAGGCACUUCUUUAGAAAAUCUCAUCGUGGAGAUCACAGCACCUGAUUCCCAAGCCAAGACAGAUCUGACGGAGAUCCAGUGUGACAUGUCAGAUGUAAACUUGAAAUAUGAGAAACUGGGGGGAGUGCUUCAGGAACACCAGGAAAGCCUUCAGGCUGUCCUCAGCAGAAUGCAGGAAGUUCAGAAGGAAGCAGGCUCAGUGCUGCAGUGGCUGGAAUCAAAAGAGGAAGUCCUGAAAGCCAUGGAUGCCUCUUCAUCUCCAACCAAGCCAGAAACAGUGAGAGCCCAAGCUGAAUCUAACAAGGCCUUCCUGGCUGAAUUGGAACAGAAUUCUCCAAAAAUCCAAAAAGUAAAGGAAGCCCUGGCUGGAUUACUGAUGACAUAUCCCAACUCACAAGAAGCACAAAACUGGAAGGAAAUGCAAGAGGAACUCAAUUCCCGAUGGGAAAGGGCCACCGAAGUGACCAUGGCCCGGCAAAGGCAGCUGGAGGAAUCUGCAAGUCAUCUGGCCAGCUUCCAGGCUGCAGAAUCCCAGCUCCGGCCCUGGCUGAUGGAGAAGGAACUGAUGAUGGGGGUGCUGGGGCCCCUGUCUAUUGACCCCAACAUGCUGACUGCACAAAAGCAGCAGGUCCAGUUUAUGCUGAAGGAGUUCGAAGCACGCAGGCAACAGCAUGAGCAACUGAAUGAGGCAGCUCAGGGCAUCCUAACAGGCCCUGGAGAUGUCUCUCCAUCCACCAGCCAAGUACAGAAAGAACUCCAGAGCAUCAAUCAGAAGUGGAUUGAGCUGACUGACAAACUCAAUUCCCGUUCCAGCCAAAUUGACCAAGCUAUUGUCAAAAGCACCCAGUACCAAGAACUGCUCCAGGACUUAUCAGAGAAGGUCAAGGCAGUGGGGCAGCGACUAAGUGGCCAGUCGGCCAUCAGUACCCAACCUGAGGCAGUGAAGCAGCAACUAGAGGAGACCAGUGAGAUUCGAUCUGAUGUGGAGCAGCUGGACCAUGAGAUUAAGGAGGCACAGACACUUUGCGAUGAGCUCUCAGUACUCAUUGGGGAGCAGUACCUCAAGGAUGAGCUGAAGAAGCGUCUGGAGACAGUUGCCCUGCCUCUCCAAGGUUUAGAAGACCUUGCAGCUGAUCGCAUGAACAGACUCCAGGCAGCUCUUGCCAGCACCCAGCAGUUCCAGCAAAUGUUUGAUGAGCUGAGAACCUGGUUGGAUGACAAACAAAGCCAGCAAGCGAAAAACUGCCCAAUUUCUGCAAAAUUGGAGCGGUUACAGUCUCAGCUCCAGGAGAAUGAAGAGUUUCAGAAGAGCCUUAAUCAACACAGUGGUUCCUAUGAGGUGAUUGUGGCCGAAGGAGAAUCUCUGCUUCUUUCUGUACCUCCUGGAGAAGAGAAAAAGACUUUACAAAACCAGUUGGUUGAGCUCAAAAGCCACUGGGAAGAGCUUAGUAAAAAAACUGCAGACAGACAAUCCAGGCUCAAGGACUGUCUGCAGAAAGCUCAGAAAUAUCAGUGGCAUGUGGAAGACCUCGUGCCAUGGAUAGAAGAUUGUAAGGCUAAGAUGUCGGACUUGCAGGUCACUCUGGAUCCGGUGCAGCUAGAGUCCAGUCUCCUGAGAUCAAAGGCUAUGCUGAGUGAGGUGGAAAAGCGCCGCUCCCUGCUAGAAAUCCUGAACAGUGCUGCUGACAUUCUGAUCAACUCCUCAGAAACGGAUGAAGAUGAUAUCCGGGAUGAGAAGGCUGGGAUCAACCAGAACAUGGAUUCCAUUACAGAAGAACUACAGGCCAAAACAGGGUCUCUUGAAGAAAUGACUCAGAGGCUCAAGGAGUUCCAGGAAAGCUUUAAAAAUAUCGAAAAGAAGGUUGAAGGGGCCAAACACCAACUUGAGAUCUUUGAUGCUUUAGGCUCUCAAGCCUGUAGCAACAAGAACCUGGAGAAGCUAAGAGCUCAACAGGAAGUGCUGCAGACCCUGGAGCCCCAGGUAGACUAUCUGAGGAACUUCACUUGGGGCCUGGUAGAAGAUGCCCCAGAUGGAUCUGAUGCUUCCCAACUUCUUCAUCAAGCCGAGGUCACCCAGCAAGAGUUCCUGGAAGUGAAGCAAAGAGUGAACAGCAGUUGCAUGACGAUGGAAAACAAGCUGGAGGGGAUUGGUCAGUUUCACUGCCGAGUCCGAGAGAUGUUUUCUCAGCUGGCGGACCUGGACGAUGAACUAGACGGCAUGGGUGCCAUCGGCAGAGACACCGAUAGCCUUCAGUCCCAAAUUGAGGAUGUACGGCUAUUCCUCCACAAAAUCCAAGCCCUCAGGUUAGACAUAGAGGCCUCUGAAGCCGAGUGUCGGCAGAUGCUGGAGGAAGAGGGGACUCUGGACUUGUUAGGUCUCAAGAGGGAGCUCGAAGCCCUGAACAAGCAGUGUGGUAAACUGACAGAGAGGAGCAGGGCUCGCCAGGAGCAGCUGGAGCUGACGCUGGGCCGCGUGGAGGACUUCUACAGGAAGCUGAAAGCCCUCAAUGACAUGACCACGGCGGCAGAAGAGGGGGAGGCCCUCCAAUGGGUCGUGGGGACUGAAGUAGAUCUCAUCAACCAACAACUAGCAGAUUUUAAAGUAAGUCUUGCCCUUGCUUUUUAA